UUUUACUGCUCUUUCUACGUCGUUUUCGCUCCUUUUUUCGAAGAGGAAAAAUGAGAAACGAAAUGUGACGAAACUGGCGCGCGUUUUGUCCAGUUUACUAAGUAUUGGUUCCCCACCCACCCCUCGUAGGGAGAUGUUUGUUCAUCUAUUGUGGAAUCGGGAGGUGACAUGUGAGCAUUCAUAAUUUCGACAACACGGGGGACCUGAUCUUUACUCGGCAUCUGGCAUUAAGAGCUUUUGCUGAAACUAAAUCACAUCUUUUUACUUGGUCUUGAGCGGCCAUCUUGGAAUCAGACGCGCGAACCUCACGCUCAAUCAUGUCAGAACAACCACAAAGUACAGACAACACGACGGAACAGCCUAAUACAAAGAAUGGAGAAGAAAGCUUCAAUGAAGAGAUAAAAAAUUAUGCCAAGACUGCUAUGAAUGAACUUCUUGGUAUGUUUGGUUAUGAUGAUGAAAUAACAAGUGAAUCUGUCAAUAAUCUGGAAAUAAAAGUGCCAUCAACAGAACCGGCAGCAACUAAUCCAGUCAUCAAUACUGUACCAUCUGUCACUGCUGUUACAACAUCAAACACUGUUACACCAUCUUUGCCAUUGAAUAUACCUGAAGACACAUCAGAUGACACUCCAGUUAUUGUUAAAGUUGAAGGCAAUACAACCGUGAAUGAUAUCAUCAGGCAACAACAAAAUGCAGAUUCCAAGAUCUCUAAUGAAACAACCCCUGUCCAGGUCACAUCAACUAGUACCACAGCUGCCGUAACAAUUCCCAAUACAACCCAAUCAACUCCAGUGAAUAUCACCAUGACAACACAAUCACAGACUGGUCAACCCACUUUGGGAAGCAAGACGAUUACUGGAUAUACAAAACCUACUGCUGCCCUGAGUAGUCCAGUCAAUACUCCAGCAGUAGCCAGCAGUAAUACAGCAUCAACAAGCUUGUCUAUGUUCCUGAAGAGCACUGUGCAGAGCCAAGCUGUUCGUUCAUGUACUUGGUGCAAGAAAAACACUGUCCUUAAGAACUUUACAUUUCGUGAUGGCACAAGGAUCCUGGAAUGUCGUAAUAUUUGUUCUCAAGAUUGUUUUGAAAUGGCUGCUUUGAGCAUCGAUCUGAACAAUGAUAACAUUAAGAGCAUUCAGUGGAGAAUAAGGCAGCUACGUGGCCGUAAACCAUCACCAGCCAAACAAAAUGACAAACCAAGUCAGGUCAAGAAGUCAGAAUCCACUGUCCCAGUUGUUAGUAGUAGACCAGCAAGAAAAGCAAAACCAGUUGGAAGUCAAGUAGCAAGACCAUUAUUCAACUGGGAAGGAUACCUGAAGGAGUGCCGUGCCAAGGGUGCUGCUUCAUCAUAUUUCAAACAGUCUUCCACUCCACCAUACAAUGGUUUCAGACCAGGAAUGAAACUAGAGGUAGCUGAUCCAAGAGUCAUAGAGUCAACUUGUCUUGCUACAGUUGUGGGAAGCAUUGGUCCUAGGAUAAGGUUCAGUUUUGAUGGAACAGACAAAACUAAUGAUAUUUGGCACAUGGUUGACUCCGCUGAUAUUCACCCUGUGGGGUGGUCUGAGGCAAAUAAUUGCCAGCUACAGGCCCCAUUAGGUUUUACAAGAGAUCCAGGUACUUAUCAGAAGUUUGUUGCGACGACAUUGACCACUGUAUCACCAGAAAUGAUAGCUCCUCCUCGUCUCUUCAAAAAGGAUCCAGCCGCUCCUAGCAAGAAUUUAUUCAAGACUGGAAUGAAACUAGAAGCUGUUGACCCUAAAAACCAGGCGUUGGUGUGUGUUGCUACUGUUGGGGAUGUAGAUGGGGACAAGAUUCGCAUUGACUUUGAUGGCUACCUGGGAUCAGAUUAUUGGUGUGGUUAUGACUCAAGAAAUAUCUUCCCUGUUGGCUGGUGCAUCCUAAAUGGUCAUCCUUUGCAACCCCCAGGAAAGAAGAAGCGACCAAUCGCCCCUCCAAGUAACAGAACCAAGAAAGAUGAGGAACCUCCAACGAAAAAACACAGAACUCAAACAAAUGUCACUUCACCUACUAGAAAAACAUCAAGCUCAAGCUCUUCAACACAAGCUUUUAUUCCUGCUUCUGAACUUUACAAGUCACAGCCUACAGUGUCGCUUUACGUAAACCAUGGCUGUCUGACAGGACGGUACUUGAAUAAAUCCAAAGUUGCCAAAUUAAAGCAGAAGUGGUUUGGAAAAUGCAGUGAAAUCAUUCAACCACUCAUACAAGGACUUGUUAACUGUGCACAUGACCAGAAAACAGUGUUUGGUUUUCUAAAACCAGGAACUGGCAAGACCAAAAUCACUGCACGUGGCGAGGGCUUUGAGACGUUGUCAUGUUCUUUACAAAAUAUCGACCGUGUUAAGAUCUUUUGGAGAGUUUUGGAGAAGUUUUUGGAGAAUCUACAGUGCUGUGAAAACUUGAUAUCCAGUAACAAGGUUCAAAGUUCCUGCAAGAAGUGUCGUGGCAAAUCAGGUUUUAGUUCUUCCUCAAAACAAGCAGUAGAAACCAACAAACAUAGAAACAGUGAUAACGAUGUCAGCUCAAACCAAGUCUGCUCUACAUCUCCUGUGAAGACUUGGUCAGUUGAUGAAGUUAUCAAGUACAUCGAGAGCACUGAAUUGGCAGAUCAUGUGACCCUCUUUAGAGUUCAUGAAAUUGACGGAAGAGCACUUCUUCUGCUGAACCGUGACAUGAUCAUGUCCUACAUGGGGCUCAAACUUGGUCCAGCAAUAAAGCUGCUAAGUAUCGUUGAUGAUUUGAAACCAGAAGAGAUCGUAGUUGACUAGUGCUUUAUGUGCCACUAAAACAUUGAAUGUCGUAUUUUUUUAUUUAUACAUACUUUCUGUGAACAUUUUAGUAAAUACAGCUGUGGAUUUAGGAGUUACAAACGGUAUUGUUUUCAUCAUCUUAUAACACAAGCUGUUUGUCAUGUGUAAUCGUUAAAGCGAACCCCCUGCCCCACCCAUCAUGCAAUCUGUGGUGUUCUACGCCACCCUUGAUCAAGCUAUAUUAAAUGUAUAAAACUCCUUUGACUUUUCUGUUAGGCACGCCCCUUUUCUUUGAAAGAGCUCUGUAUUCUCGUUCUUCAAUCUUUUGGAGUGAUCUAAGAAAUCUUGUAACUUCUUAUUCGAACUCCUUCAGGCUAAUUUAGACAUUUACUCGUCAGGAUACCUUAGAUGUUGUAUAUCUCACCUUUGAUCCACAACUGCUAGAUAAAUACACUUGCGUUACUUCAUGAAGAAACAAUAAACGAGAACUCUACACAUCAAA